GCGAAGGCGAGGAGAGGGUCAACCGACAUUAUUUCUUGUAUGCCCUUUCUUUCUCCCCUCUCCCUGUGAUUCAUGAGGCCUCGUUGCGUCCACAUGUGACGACUCCGUAUCCAUCUUCCGCACCAUCUUACGCCAGUCGCUGUCAAUAUCUCCCGUCCCGUCCCGUCCCGUCCCGUCUCCGAGUUGAGCUCGUUGCCAAGAGCAUCGACUGGUUCAAGGUUAUUGUUGGGGUGGAUAUUUCGUUGGAUGCCCUAGAAGCUUGAUGAGUUCUGGAGGCUUGUUCGGCGGCCGCGGUGGCGGCGGCAGAAACGGCAGUGGAAGCGCUCGGAUAGGUAUGAAUGAUCUGCCUCACCGCACCUCCGCCGUCGUAUCGCAGCCACUGCUCGAUUCAUCUUCCAUCUACAAGCCAGUGUUCCCUUCCCCUGGCCUCUCACUAGCCCUGCAAGCGAACCCGGAUAGCCAAGGCGGUGACAGAUCGAAUUGGACUUGUGUCGCUAGAAAUGUUGGUGGGGGCGAGGUAGAGUCGUCGCUGCGUCGGAACAAGGAAGACGAGAAUGAGAGCAGGUCGGGCGGAAGCGAUAACUUGGGUGGUGUGUCCGGGGAUGAUUUGGACUUGGAGCAGGAGAAUCCCCGCAAGAAGAAGCGAUACCAUCGCCACACCUCUCAGCAAAUACAAGAACUCGAAGCCUUCUUCAAAGAAUGCCCUCAUCCUGAUGAGAAGCAAAGGUCGGAUCUCAGCAAGAGGUUGGCAUUAGAGACUCGCCAGGUCAAGUUUUGGUUCCAGAAUCGUCGAACGCAGAUGAAGACUCAAAUGGAGCGGCACGAGAACACGACUCUUCGGCAGGAGAACGACAAGCUCCGCGCUGAGAAUUUAUCGAUCAAGGAGGUGAUGAGGAACCCCAUCUGCAACAACUGCGGAGGCCUGGCAGUGCUGGGCGAAGUGUCGCUCGAGGAGCAGCACUUGCAGGUGGAGAACGCACGGCUCAAGGAUGAGCUCGAUCACGUCUGCUCCCUCGUCGGUAAGUUCAUCGGCAAGCCUCUUUCCUCAUCCUCGGCUCCGCCCACUCUCCCCAUGCCGAGCUCCACACUGGAGCUCACGGUCGGGUCCAAUGAUUUCCCCGGUCUGGGCUCCGUCGCCUUCACGACCUUGCCUGAUUUCACCGCCGGCCUGUCCAGCCCUCUCGGCUCUGUCAUAACUCCUGCGAGGAACGUGGUGGUGGGAGGAGCGGAUCGGUCGCAUGAGAGGCUCGUGUACUUGGAGCUCGCAUUGGCGGCGAUGGAUGAGCUGGUGAAAAUGGCGCAGAUGGAGGAGCCUCUUUGGAUUCCGGGUUUGGACGGAGGCAGGGAGACGUUGAACUUCGACGAGUACCACCAAAAUUUCCCUCGCUGCGUCGGGACCAAGCCCAUCGGAUUCGCGUCGGAGGCAACGAGGUCUACCUGCGUCGUCGUCAUCAAUAGCUUAGCACUGGUCGAGACACUCAUGGAUGCAAAUCGGUGGCAAGAUAUGUUCCCUUCAGUGAUUGCUAAAGCCACCACCACGGAUGUGAUCUCAGCAGGAAUGGGUGGCAGCAGAACUGGUGCACUACAACUUAUGUAUGCCGAGCUUCAGGUUUUAUCACCUCUCGUGCCUGUCCGGCACUGCCAUUUCCUUAGGUUCUGCAAGCAACUUGCGAAUGGAGCUUGGGCUGUGGUGGAUGUCUCCGUCGGUGGAGUUAGAGACGGCUAUCCCGGCGACAGAAUGGGGAGCUGCAGGCUGCCUUCAGGCGGCGUGGUGAAAGAUAUGCCCAAUGGUUAUUCUAAGGUCACGUGGGUGGAGCACGCAGAAUACGACGAAUCAGCGGUGCACCCGCUCUACCGCCCGUCGCUGCGCUCCGGCAUGGCGCUGGGGGCGCCCCGUUGGGUCGCCGCCCUGCAGCGCCAGUGUCAGUCGUUGGCUAUCCUCACGUCCUCCCUUCCAGCCGACGCCGCCAACACGAUAACGCCGAGCGGGCGGUGUAGCAUGGUGAAACUGGCGCAGCGCAUGACGGACAACUUCUGCGCGGGGGUGUGCUCCUCUUCGGCACACGAAUGGAACAAGCUGCGCGGGGGCGUCCACAUCGGUGAGGACGUGCGGGUGAUGACCCGGCGGAGCCUGGCGAACCCUGGCGAGCCAACAGGCCUGGUGCUCAGUGCCGCCACCUCGGUCUGGCUCCCUGCCACGCCGCAGCAGGUCUUCGACUUUCUCCGCAACGAGCAGCUGCGGAGCCAGUGGGACAUCCUCUCCAACGGCGGCCCAAUGCAGGAGAUGACCCACAUCGCUAAGGGUCCCGACUCCGGCAACGCCGUCUCCCUCCUCAGAGCUAGCGCCAUGAGCGCGGAUCAAAGUAGCAUGCUGAUAUUGCAGGAGACGUGCACAGACGCGUCGGGGUCGCUGGUGGUGUACGCUCCCGUGGACGUGCCGGCGAUGCACUUAGUGAUGAGCGGUGGCGACUCCUCCUACGUUACCCUUCUGCCGUCGGGCUUCGCCAUCCUGCCCGACGGCAACGUGGGAAAGGCUGUGGGGGGGUCGCUGCUGACGGUGGCGUUCCAGAUCCUGGUGAACAGUCUGCAGCCGACGGCGAAGCUGACGGUGGAGUCGGUAGAGACGGUCAACAACCUCAUCUCCUGCACCGUGCAAAAGAUCAAGGCCGCCCUCAACUGCGAUGCCUGAUGUGGGGUGUUAUGAUUCGAGUCAAGAACGAACUGCGCGCAGGACCACAACGACGCUGUCAGUGCAGGUUCGGGUAUUGACUCGCUCCGACCAACUCACACAGUCUCACUCCAAAUGUAUCGAAUCGAUCUCCUAAUGGUAGUUUUUUGUUAAUUAAUAUGACCUAUAUAUUAAUCGAGUUUAUCGUAGUUAGUUCUUCUUUAGCGGUCAUAA